CUGUUGGUAUAUAAGCCGCUUAAGGCCUUGAAGCGAAUAUGGCUUCUCGUUUUCUUCUCCUGCUUGCGAGCUUCUUCUUCUCCGUGGGCUGGGCUGCUGAGUCUGGGUCCAAUUUACCUGAAUACACGGAUGGCGCUGGCCAUCCAGUAUAUUCGCCAUACGAUUAUCAGAGAGCUGACGAGGUCCAUAGGAAGCGGCGGACCGUUGUUACUCCAAGACUUCCAUCUCGUCGAUUUACUCAGUCAUUUUGACCGCGAACGGAUUCCAGAGCGCGUCAGUAUCGGUUCUGGAAGUUAG